AGUUGGAUGCGCGCGCCUAUGCGAUGGCCUCCGUUGCCGUUGCCCUUGAACAUCAGCAGCAACUGCAGCAACAGAAACAACAGCAACAGCAGCAACAACAGCAGCAGCAGCUACAACAGCAACUACAACAGCAGCUGCAGCAGACGCCUCGGGAUGCCACCGACGAUGAGGUGGAGCUGUAUGCCAGCUUCGAUAUGGCGCCCAGCACCAGUCGCGUCGCCGCCCAAAUGCAGGCGGCCAAGGAGGCCAGGCGGAAGCGCUGGGCCGCCGACGGAGCCAGCGGCAGCAGCGACGGUGGCUGCGCCAGUGGCAGCAGCGGCAGCGGUCGGCGUUACUAA